AUGGGCCGCUCGCUGCAUUUUUUAUCGUCGUACACACGACCGUUUGCAAUUAAAAAUUCCCGCCAAGCAACAACGGGAUGUCCCUUUUCAAAGCGACAACGCUCCCAAGUAGCACCAGCUGCUUCCCUAAGCGAGGAGAUGUUCGCAAAUGCGAAACCCUACUCCGCAGUCCCCGGUCCUAAACCUAUCCCUAUCCUUGGUAAUACGUGGCGAAUGGUACCAGUUAUCGGACAGUACGAUAUUUCGGAAUUCGCGAAAGUGACCAAGUUGUUUUUAGAGAAAUAUGGCCGUAUUGUUCGGUUGGGUGGUUUGAUCGGAAGGCCGGAUUUGCUGUUUGUGUAUGAUGCUGAUGAAAUUGAGAGGAUGUACAGGAGGGAGGGACCCACACCCUUCAGGCCAGCUAUGCCGUGUCUCGUGAAAUAUAAAUCGGAGGUCCGUAAGGAUUUCUUUGGUGAUCUGCCUGGCGUUGUUGGAGUUCAUGGGGAAAAAUGGAGGCAAUUCCGUUCAAAGGUUCAGAGACCAAUUUUACAACCGCAGACAGUUAAGAAAUAUGUAUCUCCAAUCGAAAUGGUGACGGAAGAUUUCAUCAGGUACAUGGAAAAUGCUAGAGAUGAUAAUGGUGAUCUACCACAUGAGUUCGACAAUGAUAUACAUAGAUGGUCACUGGAAUGUAUCGGUCGAGUGGCUCUGGACACUCGACUAGGCUGUCUUUCCCCCAACGUCACCAGUGACUCGGAACCUCAGCGGAUAAUUGAUGCUGCUAAAUAUGCUCUAAGGAAUGUAGCCGUACUCGAAUUGAAAGCGCCUUACUGGAGAUACUUCCCAACUCCGCUUUGGACCAAAUACGUCAAUAACAUGAACUUCUUUGUUGAAUUAUGCUCGCGAUACAUAAACGAAGCCUUGGAAAGGUUGAAGAGCAAGAAGGUGACAUCAGAGAACGACCUUUCUCUACUAGAAAGAGUUCUGCAGAGUGAGGGAGACCCUAAGAUUGCAACUAUCAUGGCUCUUGAUCUUAUCCUUGUUGGAAUUGAUACGAUAUCAAUGGCAGUAUGUUCAAUUCUCUACCAAGCAGCAACAAGAUUGAAGCAGCAAGACAAAAUGGCGGAGGAAAUAAGACGAGUGCUACCAGAUCCAAGCAAACCUCUUACUUACGCUGAUUUAGACAAACUGCACUAUACUAAGGCUUUCGUUAGAGAAGUUUUCAGAAUGUACUCAACAGUAAUUGGAAAUGGUAGAACGCUUCAAGAAGACGAUAUUAUUUGUGGAUAUCAUAUUCCAAAAGGCGUUCAAGUGGUAUUCCCAACGAUAGUCACAGGCAACAUGAAGCAGUUCGUCGCCAAUCCCGAAGAGUUUAGACCGGAACGAUGGCUAGAAACCGAUGGUAGACUACACUCCUUCGCUUCCUUACCUUAUGGUUUCGGAGCCAGGAUCUGUUUGGGAAGGCGAUUUGCUGAUCUGGAGAUCCAAGUACUUUUGGCUAAGUUAUUACGCCGUUAUCGUCUAGAAUACCACCACGAACCACUGAAGUAUGCUGUCACAUUCAUGUAUGCUCCCGAUGGACCUCUGCGUCUGAGAAUGUUGGAGAGAUCAACAUAGGGGAAGGUUAAAGAAAUAACAUAAGGUUUUAACAUUUCUAUACACAAUGUUAGACUGAUCUAGUUUCGAAAUGCGAGUAUAUUGAAAAAAAGUUUAUAUUUCGUAUUAUGGAUUUUGAUCUAUUUUUCGGAAUGGUUAUAUUCUUUGUGAUUUCCUGCCAUCUGAGAUUCUGUAACGAAAAGCAAAUGUAUUAUUUUUAUUACACAGAUUCUACUUGGUCAAAAUAUUAGGAAAAUUGAAGGUUAAAAUUACUCGUGAUAGUCGGAUUCAUAAAACUAAUUAGUGCCUGGGUGACCGAGCUUAGCUCGGUAUUUUGAGUAAAUCGUGUUUUUU